UCCAUGGUCAGCAGAAUCUUCCCACGCCGAAGUUCACGUGGCUCAAUCUAACGCAAUCAUCAUACUGCAAUACGAUCCUCGCCUUUACCGUGGCAACUUUAUGGAAAACACGCAGAGCUUCAUUGCUGCGGCUCGACCGAUGUGGCUGCUGUGCAAGGCUUUCGGCUUGCUUCCCUACUGGCUACCGACGACCGCUCCGACCUCGGAGCCCUUCCAGCUGAAGCGGUCGUCACUGGACUCUGGCUACUGCCUCGUCGCCCUGCUGGGCCACGCGUCGCUGUUCGCGGGCAGCUUCUGGAGCAUCGUGUCGGGCGAUCGCCCGCAGAGGGAGCGCUUCCUGCUCGCCCUCAAGUUCGGCGCCUCCGUGGCCACCGUCGCCGUGGCCAUCCUCAGCGACCUCCUCUACAACAAGCCCAAGUGUGGCGAUUGCUGGAGGCUCCGUGCUGUUCCGAGGCGAGACGGCAGCUGCUGGAGUUCUCACAGCUGCUGUCAGCACGCAGCCCAAGAGUCAGCUUCUGCGUCUACGGGGCCUUCACGCUCGACACCUCCCUACUGAUGGGCAUCGCCUCCUCGCUCACCACCUAUCUCGUGCUCGUCUUCACACUCAAAGUCUAGGCUCAAGCCGCGGUGUGGCGCCUGCUAGAGACACGGUGCUGUCCCAGCGGCGAGGCAGCAGCUGUUGGAGUUCUCACGGUUGCUACUGACGCACCGCCCCACAGUAGGCUCCUACGUCAAUGACAGCCUCGCUCUCCACACCUACGUCGCCUCCUCACUCACCACCUACCUGGGACUCGUCUUACGGCCAACGUCUAGGCCUAUAGCCAGAAGUGGGGCCCGCUAGAGGCCCUCUGCUGUCCCACAGCCAGCUGUUGGAGUUCUCACAGUUGCUGUCAGUAUGCAGCCCAGGGUCAGCUUAGCUUCUUCGGCGUCUUCACACUCGACACCUUCCUGCUGGUGGGCAUCGCCUCCUCGUUCGCCACCUACCUGGUGCUCGUCUUCACGCUCAUGUCUAGCCUAGCAGCCAGCUGCUCAAGAGCUCUAGAUAAAAAACGGUAUUAGAGCUGCUAUUUCAACAGUAGAUUUACUAUGUUGUGGUCUUUGGUCUGUAGACACUUCUGAAGCAUUUCUCUAUACUAGUCUAUCCUGCGUAAGCCUCCAUCUCUUCAUAACCAUUUCUACAUGUACAUCUACAUAGACACUCCGCAAGCCGCCAUUCCGUUCGUGGCUGAGGCUACACUGUGCCAGUAGAAUCGUUCAGCCAGUCAUUUAUUAAUGCCGGUUCUCAAUAGCGUUUCUCGAAAAGAUUCCCAUUUAAGCAUCUCUGUAACACGUGUUGCUUGAACCUACCGGUAACAAAUCUAGUAGCCCGUUUCUGAAUAGCUUGUAUGUCUCUCUUCAGUUCGACCUGGAACAGAUCCCAAGCACUCGAGCAGUACACAAGACUUGGCCGCAACGUCCUAUAUGCGGUCUCCUUUACAGGUGAACCACUCUUCCAUAAAAUUCUUCCAAUUAAUUCGUAUCACACCUCUUCAUGCUGGUUCCAUUUCAUAUCGCUUUGCAUCUCCCAGAUAUAUAACGACUUGAGUGUGUCAAGCAGGACAUUAGUAGUACUGUAUCCAAACAUUACUGGUUUGUUCCUCCUUUUUCCCUCAUUACCUCAUCCCUUCAACACACAUCCACUUACACGUACUCAAACCAGUCACUCUCUACGUUUCCCCCCUAAACAUCCCUCCAUUGCCAGACUAACUUUUCCGUGAUGCGUCACAAUGACUAAAGAAUCAGGGGUUUGGGGUUCGAUCGUUGGUGAGUCCUAGGUUUCGUAUUUGUUACGUCUGACGUCGUUAACUUCUAGCAGUGGUUUUCGAUUGGAAAAAUGCCUAGAUGCACCGUCAUUUGUAGUCCACGUUAAACUGUAAACCCUCUGUGACUGGAUGGAUAAGUCAGUUCAAAGGUCAGAGGAAAGCAACGAUAUACAACCUGCAACAGAAUCGUAAUGCACCAUGGUGUUUUGCCUUAGAACUGACGACUGCUUUACCUUAUUUUUACUCGCACCUUGUUAGUUAUUCCGCCUACCCAUCCAAUAUCAACAUUCGUCUGAAAAGCUGCUAUUUAAAACUUUCUUGACGGAAAUGAUUAUCGUCCACAUUUCACUUUAGUAGAAUGCUACAAACAAGGUAAAUAACUUCAGAAACAACUUCUCACCACCGGUAUUUAUAGUCGAUAUCGUUAUUGACAGUUUGCAUUUUAUACUGUCUUUACUUCGCAAAUUUUCAGUUAUUUUACUGACCAAAUUUCAGAACUCAUCUACCACUGUUCUGCUAUAUUUUCCUUAGCAUCGUCUGAUUUAUUUCGACUGCACUGCCUCUGGUUUGCUUUUGCUGACACUCAGGUUAUCUGUCGCAUAGUAUCUAUCGGUUACACUGUCGGCCACGUACUUUAAGCUCUCUGAAACAAUUAGAACCUCAUCAGCUCACAUCAAAGCUUUUGUUCCUGUUCCCUGAAUUUUAACAUCCUUGGUUUUCUUUACUGCUUGCUGAAGCCACAGAUUAAAUAACACUGUGCAUAGAGUACAACCAUGUCUCACUCCCUUCUCGGCUAUGACAUCCUUUUCAUGUGGUGCUUUUUUGAUGACAGUACACUCGUUACUGUACAAGUUGUAGAUUAAAUAUUGCUCUCCGUAUUUUCCCUUCUACCUUCAGAAUUUCAAAAAGUAUAUUCCAGUCAACACCGUCAGAGACUGGUGUCUCAGUAUAGUCCUAUGUUUGGGGAAAAUUCACUUUUCAACAGACUCUCAGUGCAUGUUAGAGACGAGAGCAGACCAGGUAGCGAAUCGAUCGCUCCCACGUGAAAUUUGGUUUGUCGGAGUGAUCAAGGAAUCACACUGAUGUGUAGUUCUAAAAGUUCUUUAGCCUUUUCGUAAGAGACAACAAUAGCAGUGAAUCUGUCUCAAGAUGCAAAAAUUUGCAAGCUUUCAUCUCCGUAUUGUGUUUGUGCUACUAUGGAUUUGAUGUUAAUAAUUAGAAAUUAGUUUUGAAAUUCUUCGUAAGAACCUUAUCACGCUCAUGCAAGAGCUGCUGCUCUCAAAUUGAUGAUUCUUUUGCUUCUAUUCCUUGUUUUAUAGUAACAUGUAUAAUGUUCCCUUCCUGUUAACUGAAGUGAUUACAUCACAUUUAAAUCGCACAAAAUAUGUAUUAACACUGUAUGCUGAAACAAAAUAAACAAUAUAAAAAA